CCGCUGAAAUUUGUUAUUUGACAUAAGCGAUGAUAUCAUAGAUAUUCACGUAAAACAUUGCCCAUUUAUCAAAGCCCUUUUUUGAAAAGUACAAUGCCACAUUCACUACAACUUUCAGACAGAGUAAAUCGGAAGCCAAAAUGCCAUUCGCUUACAAAACAGCAAGUCCCAUAAUAUAGACGUCGUCAAUUACAGACUGAGAUUUGCUAACACAACAAAUCAGGUACUGGUCGUUGGAGCCACUUCAGGUAUUGGCCUCGCUCUUUCCGAGAAAAUGUUAUCGGAAGGCGUUACCAAAAUCAUAGCACUCGGUCGUCGUCAGGAUAAACUCGAUGAUUUACAGCAGAAACAUGGAGAGUCUAAAGUAUCAACUGUGAAAUUCGACAUCACGAAUCUUGACGGUAUUCCCGAGAUGGUCGAAAGGUAUUUAGUAUUUCCUUUUUGAUUUCAAUUCAUUUUACCAAACCAAAGAUACUGAUACAAAAACCUUCAUAGAGUUCUUAAAUCCCAUCCUGCACUUGACUGUGCAUUCCUCAAUAGCGGUAUUCAACGUUCUCUCGAUUUCACAGAACCAGAAUCCAUCGAUCUCGAGGUAAUAUCAUCCGAAUUCACAACUAAUUAUCUCUCCUAUGUGCAUCUUACUAAAGCACUUCUCCCACAUUUACAAAAAAGAGCAAAGGGUGGCGAAGAUGCAGGAUUGAUAUUCACGACGAGUGGAUUAGCAUUAGUACCGAUUUUGAGAUGUGGAAAUUAUUGUGCUAGUAAGGCGGCUAUGCAUCACUUGAUUUUGGUUAUGAGGGAACAAUUGAGAGAUUUGGGUGAGAAGGAUGAUGAUAAUGAGACAGGGAGGGAAAGGGCUUCGGGAAUUCGAGGUAACAAAAUCAAAGGUGUGAAGGUUAUUGAAAUUUAUCCGCCUUCUGUACAGACGGAACUUCAUGAUGAGAAACAUCAGCCGGAUAUUAAGAAUGGGAGGAGUAUAGGAAUGCCGUUGGAUGAGUUUACGGAGGAGGCGUGGAGGGGGCUGGAGAGGGGCGAUGAGGAUAUUCCCGUCGGGACGACGUUGAGGGGUUUUGGGUAUGAGGUGGUUGAAAUGGGGAGGAAGAGGUUGUUUGGGGAGAUGAUGGAGAAGAUGAAGGGUUAGGGUUAGAAUUAGGAAGGCUAAGUGUAGAUGAACUCGGGUGGUAGACUUGCGUCGCAGUAGAUAGUAGAAAGGAUAGAGUAGAAUUUUGGUGGGACUUGUGUGCAUUCAGUGGAUCAGUGGAUCAGUGGAAACAAUAAAGUAGGAUCAUAUGAAGU